AACUUGGGAAUCACCUCCUCCUCUGAAACAACACCAUACCCUGAACCAAUCGACACCAUGGUCAACUCCUGCUGUGGAUCCGUCUGCUCUGACCUGAGCUGUGGAAGAGGCUGCUGCAGCCCUUGCUGCCCUCCAACAUGCUGCCAGUCCACUUGCUGCAGAACCACCUGCUGCCGCCCAACGUGCUGUGUGACCAGCUGCUGCCGCCCCACCUGCUGCCAGCCCACUUGCUGCCACCCAGUCUGCUGCGUGUCCAGCUGCUGCAGGCCCUGCUGCCCCCAACCUUGCUGUGUGUCUACUUGCUGCAGGCCCUGCUGUCCCCGCCCAUGCUGUGUGUCCAGCUGCUGCAGGCCCUGCUGCCCCCAGCCAUGCUGUGUGUCUAGCUGCUGCCAGCCUUGCUGCCGACCAACAUGCUGCCAAACCACUUGCUGCCGAACGACUUGCUGUCGCCCGACCUGCUGUGUGCCCAGCUGCUGCCAGCCUUGCUGCCGCCCAGCUUGCUGCCAAACCACUUGCUGCAGAACCACCUGUUGCCGCCCUACUUGCUGUACAUCAUCUUGCUGCUGA